AUGAUUCCAUCGAUAAAAGAGAUAAAUCAAGAACUUGUUCGUCGUUUAUCUCACACGAGGUCAUCCACGUCAUCAUACUUCACUGCUGCCGAACGAAGGGAUAGAGAUACUAUUUUAAAUGAAAAGAAUUCUCGUAGGUAUGCCACAUACGAACUUAAUUGGUAUGACUUUAAUAAUAUUGAUGAUCACGUUGUCACUGAGGAUCCGCAGGGUGCAUUCCCAGAACCAAUGAUAAUACAAAGGUCAACUUCACCCACGAAGACCACCCCUUUCCCUUCCCCUACUUCAAUUACAUCAUCGUCGUCAUCAAUUGAGGCAACAUCACCAGAAACCGAAAAAAUUGACAAUGAAAAUGAUUCUGAUAAUGAAGAACGACAACCUUCAAUUUUCGGUGGGAUUACCGUAAAAACGGUAAAGGUGGUUCAUGUGACCAACUCAAGGCACAAUUCAUUACAACCUUUACAACCUUCUCGUCGAUCUUAUACUCAAGAUUACAUUAAUAAUGAUAUCAUGCAAGAUGGACCGGAAUUAAUUAGCGUUAUUACAAGAGGUUACCCUGAAAAAUCCGUUUCUAAAACCCAUUUGGAAAAAAAAAAAGCUCCUGGUAUAAACGAAUUAGACAGUAACGAGGAUGAUUCGAAUACGCAUCGCAUGAAACAAAAUACGUCAGCACUUUUGACAAAGGAAAGAAGGAAAACUCGUAUAUAUAAUCAUGAUAUUAAAAUUAUAAAUAGUGAAAGAAUAUUAAGAAGAUCAUUGUCUAACGGCGUAACAAGAACCUCAUCCAAACGCCGAUCCGGUGCUACAAUUUAUAAAAAACAACAAAAACAUAAAACACGACAAAUUCAACAAGAAGAAAAGAUGGUUGCCGCACCAACAUCGAACCAUUAUACAAAUGACCCGACAGACAUGGAAGAAGAUUAUGAUGUCAUACCAAAUCCAACCAAAUUUUUCCCAUGGAUACCAGUCCCGGAAGGUCCACCUAGGUUAAUUCACGCUUCCCUCAUACCUUUGGACCAGAUCGAUAAAGAUGUAACCAGGUUUUAUUUUGAAGAAGAAAUACUUGCUCGGUAUAAACUAAAACGAAAAUCCAAAGUACAAAAUUCGGUUCCUAAACCGAAAAGACCAUCUCAAAUUUUUAGACAAAAUUUAUUGGAACAAAGCCUUGCCAUGUCAUUUCAAAGUGGAUAUAUACGUAAUGCCCCCAAACCUAAAAGAUCAUCUAUCAGACGAAGUGUUACCAUGUCUCGACCUAAACGUAAAGAAUCUCCUCUUGAUGCUCCCAAACCGAGAAGACCAUCUCAAAACUUUAGACAAAAUUUAUUGGAACAGAGUAUUGACAUGUCACCUAAUGAAAACGUUCAUGCAUUUCGACCUAAACGUAAGCAAUCUUCUCCUCUUAUUGCUCCCAAAUCAAAGAGACCAUUCAAAAUCUUUAGACAAGGUGUUAUGUCAUUUAAUGAAAAUGUUCAACGUAGACAAUCUCCUCCUCUUGAUGUUCAUAAACCGAAAAGACCAUCUCAAAUAUUUAGACAAAAUUUAUUGGAACAGAGUAUUGCCAUGUCAUUUAAUAAUGAUUAUGCUGUUCGAUCUAUACGUAAACAAACUUCUCUUUCAUCGAAAAUACCAAGACGUAGAUUUUCAAGGAAGGGAAGUAAUGCUAAAUUAAAUGAUAAGGAAGCAAGAAGAGAAAGAUAUAUGAAAAGAGCUGAAAAAGUCAUAAAUGAGGUCACUCAAAAUCAGGCAGAUAAAGUGAAACAAAAACCAAUAAAAGUCUUGGAGAUACCAAGGAUACUAGACAUUGAUGAAUUGAACAAGAGAGUUGAAGAGCAACUUCGUAAAAAAGCAUGCUUACAGUCUCCCCAACCACCUCCAAGACAACCGGAGGUAGAAUUAAAGAAAGUAGAUGUGCGAAGAAAAAGAUCCAAAAGCGCAACUUUCUCUUUAAUAAAUGUACGUGAACGUUCAAAUGAACCUUCACAAGGAGAAUCCCCGCCUCGUCUACCUAGUCGUCAUAUGUCACUUUACAAUUCACCAAUUCAUAUUCCUUUUGCUACCCACAUCGUUUCAUCUGCAAUAUUUUAA